UGCUUCUUCAGUGUGCUGAUGGUGCUGAUCGAUCCGUUUGUUUACGGAGUUUCGUCUGCUAGUUUGCUUAGACGUCUCGUUAAAAAAAAUUAUCUUUCACGAAGUGGAUAUUUGAUGGUGAAUUUUUCUAUCGCAUGAAUUUCUAGAACACAUUGGAGCGAUGACAGGAAGCGGAGACAACGCAACCGAGCUCGGCGAAAUUGAAAAUGUUCGUGUGGUAGUUCGUGUUCGUCCACUCAAUGGCAAAGAGUUGGAUGGUCACAGUAAGAAUAUUGUGAGAGUGGACACACUCAACAGUGAAAUUACAGUCGAAAAUCCCAAUGCAGCUCAAGGCGAACCACCUAAAGUAUUUUCUUUUGACGCCGUCUUUGACAUUGAUUCUACUCAAGUUGAUAUUUACAAUGAAACUGCACGUCCCAUUGUUGACAAAGUUCUCCAAGGCUAUAAUGGAACCAUAUUCGCUUAUGGACAAACGGGCACUGGAAAAACUUUCACCAUGUCUGGGGCUAAAACUUCGCCUCAACUUCGUGGUAUCAUUCCUAAUACAUUCGCUCAAAUAUUUGGACAUAUUGCAAAAGCUCAUGAUAACCAAAAGUUUUUGGUAAGAGCAACUUAUCUGGAAAUUUAUAAUGAAGAAGUUAGAGAUUUACUUGGGAAGGACCAGAACACACGUCUGGAAGUGAAAGAAAGGCCGGACAUUGGUGUUUUUGUUAAAGACCUCAGUGGAUAUGUUGUUAACAACGCGGAUGAUUUGGACAGAAUAAUGACCCUUGGAAACAAGAAUCGUGUUGUUGGAGCUACAGCGAUGAACGUAUCGAGUUCACGGUCCCACGCUAUAUUUACAAUAACAGUAGAGUCAAGUCAACUUGGAGAAGACGGCGAACAGCAUGUUAAAAUGGGAAAACUUCAUUUGGUAGAUCUUGCGGGUUCAGAGAGACAGAGUAAAACAAAAGCCAGUGGCGUGAGGUUGCGCGAAGCUACGAAAAUAAAUUUAUCUCUAUCGACUCUCGGCAAUGUUAUAUCAGCCCUUGUCGAUGGACAGAGCUCUCACGUGCCUUACAGAAAUUCAAAAUUGACACGUUUACUACAAGACUCGCUGGGUGGUAACUCAAAAACGCUCAUGUGCGCUAAUGUCAGCCCUGCUGACAUAAAUUACGACGAGACUAUAAGUACGCUGAGAUACGCGAACCGCGCGAAAAAUAUAAAGAAUCGUGCGAGAGUCAAUGAAGAUCCGAAAGACGCUUUGCUUCGACAGUUUCAAGAUGAGAUCGAACAAUUGCGAAAACAGUUAGAAGAGAAUGGCACGGAGAUCUCAGGAUCAGACGUUGAGAGUGAGGAAUCUGAGGAAAACGGCGAGACCAAACGAGAUCGAAAAUCUCGUCAUAGGAGAAGUCAAAUGUUGACGAUGGAAGAACUCGACGAUCGGGAUAUCGAAACAACGGAAAAAAUUGACAAGGCCGAGCACGAGGAUAAGAGUCCAGACGAUACGGAUGUUAUUGAAUUAAAAAGAACUCAGAGUGAAAAAGAAGCCUUGCGUGAAAAGAUGCAAAAUUUGCAAAACAAAAUUUUGGUCGGCGGUGAAAAUUUGUUAGAGAAAGCGGAAGCACAAGAACAAUUGUUGGCUGCAGCUGCAGUGGAGUUGGAUCAGCGCAAGAGUAGAGAAGAACAAUUGAAACGAGCGAUCGAAGAAAAAGAAGCGGAACGUAUUGACAUCGAAGAAAAAUAUUCAUCACUUCAGGAAGAAGCUGCAGGGAAAACGAAAAAACUCUCAAGAGUUUACACUAUGCUGAUGUCCGCGAAGGCUGAGUUGUUGGAUUUACAGGAGGAACAUCAAAGAGAAAUGGAGGGUUUGUUGGAGGGUGUGAGAGGCAUUGGAAGAGAGUUACAGUUGCAAGAGCUCAUUUUGAACAGUUACAUACCCGUUCAAUAUCAAACGAUGAUCGAGCGAUAUGUUCACUGGAAUGAAGACAUUGGCGAAUGGCAAUUGAAAUGUGUAGCGUAUACGGGAAACAAUAUGCGGAAGGCACAAGCGACUCCACCGAUAGGCAACCACAAAGACCAGCCACAGCCAGAUUUGUCAAACAUUUAUCUGACAUACAACGUUGGUACGGAAAGUAUGUUCGGCCAGCCUAAGAAAUUACGUGGACGUUCCGGAGUCCCUCGACCGACAACAGCCCAUCGACGAACACCGCAUUGAAGUAAAACAAUUUGUACUUGAGGUAUUUUUUUUGCUUAGGUAAUUAUUUUAGUACAUUUUUUCAAGCUUCGUAUUUAUUUUUUUUGUUUAUAUUGUUGACUCGUCCUAUUCCAAUCAUCGUGAUCAUAGAAGUCUAAAUUUUGUAUUAUUUUUUGCCAAGUUAGCGUUGCUGUGAGUUUGAAAAGUGAUUGCGCCUUUCAAAUGUACAAAUUCUGUUACAAAUUUUUUAUCAUUUUUUAAAACUAUUAUAUACAUAUUAUAUAUUUAUUGUAUCGGAUACGACGCAUAAAUGCUUCGUGAUCAAACGCGAGAUAGGUAUUGUCACGCAUUAUUAUGCACCCUGGUGAUUUAAUAUUUCGUAACACAUUGUCCUCACAUCCGGAGAUGCGAUCUUUCGAGUUUAUGUGCUAUCAUUAUCAUUAUUGUAUUUCGCCUCGAUGUAACCCGUACGACAGAACUGAUAUUUAUUUCGCAAAUAAAGUUACAAUGUUCUUGUAUCAUUACAACAACAACAACAACAACAACAAGAA